AUGGUAUCUUCAGGUGGUUCAGAUGGAGGCCAGCGAAAAACCUUGCAGGAAAAAGUGCAAAGUAAUGCCUAUAGUGUGAAUGAAAUCAAACAACUUUCCAACUCAUCCGAGUAUCAAUAUUCGCAGGUUUUGCAACUGGAACAUGCCGUUACUAAUCUCAUGGUGUACCUGAACAAGAUAUUCAAGCUCUCGCCCAAUUUUAAGGGUUAUAUGGAAAAUAUCGAAAACACCGAAAGGGUGUCUGUGGAAAUUCUGCCUGCUUUGAUGCGACAUAAACUAAAAUGCGCUGCAGAACUAACAUCCCUACACGAGCUGGGUAAGCUCCCUGUAUUUGAGGAGUUGCUAGAGUAUGAAAAGGCUUUUGAAGAGCAUAAGCCAGAGCCGAUCCUCAAAGGUUUGACGCUCGCAGAUUGCGAGCGUCUGUCAGAUAACAAGAGUGACAUCGACGUCGCAGCUGCAGAACAAUUCGAAGAGGACGACCCAGAAGAAGAAGAAGAUGGUUACGAUCCCUCGGAGCAAAAAAAAAGUUGGCCUCCGAAACUUCCCGAAAUCAAGAGCUCUGCCAUUCGAGCUCGCGUCUUCAUUCACAAAUCCAUGAUUCAUGACAAAUUGUAUCUGUCCGAAGCGGACAUGAUUAAAGCCCACAACGAAAGACUCGAAUUUCUUGGCGACUCGAUCUUGAACACCACGAUCACAAUGAUCUUGUACAACAAAUUUCCGCUUUUCAAUGAGGGUCAGCUUUCGCAAUUGAGAAUGAAACUGAUUAGUAACGAGCGGUUAAAGAAGUGGUCUUUUCUAUACAACUUCCAUGAAAAGCUCAAGACCAACUUAGAUAAAACUUGUGAAAACAGUGAUUUUCAACAUGGCAAGCAGAAAUUAUAUGCGGAUGUAUUUGAAGCUUACAUUGGUGGUCUGAUAGAGGAUGAUCCCAAGCAUAAUCUACCCCGCGUAAGAAAAUGGUUAACUAAAUUGGCUACACCAGUUAUAGAAGAGGUCACGAAAGGCGAUGAGGUACUGGAUACAGAACAUAUUGAUAUGAAUGCCAAAAAGAACUUGUAUUCUCUCAUAGGCUAUGCUGCACUCAAUCUUCAUUAUAAACCGGUUAAAAAACCUACUCAUGACGAUCCUCAUGCUGUCGUCGAGUGUCGAAUCAAGGACGGUACACUUUUGGGCACAGGUAGAGGACGCAAUGUCAAGAUUGCAGGUAUGCGAGCCGCUCAGGAAGUUCUUCGCAAUCAUGCACUGGUAGAAAAAUACGCCAAUUUACGUGCCGCUAUCCCCAGAAAUGAGUCCAUUGUGAAGGAGAAUCAAAGUAAGAAAAGAGACACUCCAGAUUGCGAAAUUGAUGAGGAUACCAAGAAUGACUCUAUCAAAAAGAUCAAGACUAGCACCGAACGAGAGCAAAGCUUUAAUACAUCGAAAAUUGUACCGAACAGUGAUGGCACCCUAUCUCUCCAAUGA